AACACAUGUGUAAGAGCCGCGGAGGGAGCGAGCGAGUCUGCUAGAGGCCAGCGCCGCCGCCGCCGCCUCCAAGCCGGGCAGCAGCAGCCCCGGCAGCGGCACAGGCUCCAGCGCGCCCGGUCCGGUCCGGCCGCAGCCCCCCAACUCCUGGGCGCGCCCGCCUCUGGGCCGCCGCUCCCGGAUCUGUUCUUUCUGCGGCUGCUCCCCGGCUGGCGGUGCAGGAAGCUCGGCAGAGCCGCCGCCAGACCCCAGCGAACGCGCGAGCGAGCGCGCGGGAGGGAGGAAGGCAGCGGAGGAGGAGGAGGAGGAGCGGGAGGAGCGCGGGCGGGGGCUGGGGCCUCCGGGCGGGGGAAUAUACAAAGUGAAGCCACAUUGCCAAACUUGCAGCAGCGAUUGCAGCAGUUGCUGCCGCUGCGCCGCGCCUCAAGCUGCGCCGCGCGGGCCCAGGGCUCCUGCAGCUGCUUGCGCGGAGCCGGAGGCAGAGGAGAAGGACGAAGACCGAGACUGACACUUUUGCUCCCGGCCGGCUGCCACUUGAGCGGGGUCCCCAACCCAGCCUCAGAGCAACGCGUUUAAAAAAAAAAAAAAAGCAGCCCUUAGCCCCCUCCUCCCCUUUCCUGCUUCUGCGAGAACUCCCUCCCUCCCUCCAGCUCCGCCAGCCGAGGCGCCCCUUCCCUGGAAGCCGAACGGCUUCGCUCGCAUUUCGCCGCCACCGCCUCUCGCAAUAUUGCAAUAUAGGGGAAAAGCAGACCAUGGUGAAUCCGGGCAGCAGCUCGCAGCCGCCCCAGGUGACGGCCGGCUCCCUCUCCUGGAAGCGGUGCGCAGGCUGCGGGGGCAAGAUUGCGGACCGCUUUCUUCUUUAUGCCAUGGACAGCUACUGGCACAGCCGGUGCCUCAAGUGCUCCUGCUGCCAGGCACAGCUGGGCGACAUCGGCACGUCCUGUUAUACCAAGAGCGGCAUGAUCCUUUGCAGAAAUGACUACAUUAGGUUAUUUGGGAAUAGCGGUGCUUGCAGCGCUUGUGGACAGUCGAUUCCUGCGAGCGAACUCGUCAUGAGGGCGCAAGGCAAUGUGUAUCAUCUUAAGUGUUUUACAUGCUCUACCUGCCGGAAUCGCCUGGUCCCAGGAGAUCGGUUUCACUACAUCAAUGGCAGUUUAUUUUGUGAACAUGAUAGACCUACAGCUCUCAUCAAUGGCCAUUUGAAUUCACUCCAGAGCAAUCCACUACUGCCAGACCAGAAGGUCUGCUAAAAGGUCAGAGUAAUGCAGAAUGCGUGCCUUCAUCUCAGAUUUUGUUCAUCACAGGUGGAUCCCAUGUGUCUUCAGUAGCCAAGUCACCUUUGUAGCUAGCACCAGUGCCAGCUUCAUGCCAUUGCACCUUCUUUAGUCUUGAUUGCCCUUCCCGCAUUUAUUGGUGUAUUAAAAUGACUGAAUAUGAACAUUAAGGACUCCAUGAACCUGGGCUAAUGGGAGACUGUAGAGAAAAUGAAAAAAGAUCCACCAGAGGACAUCUUUGGGGGGGGGGGGAGCUUGGGGGGAGGGAAAUGACUAAUGAAGCUAAUUAAAAGAAGCAUUCAAAUCUGCUUUCUACCCUCAUUAACAAUUAGCAGGGCACUGGCCAGAGUUUGUACCCUGUGUUUUACCUUAACAACAUUCUAUUUGCUCUUUGUAUAUUUAAGUGUUGUAAGGAAAUGUGUUUCAAUCAAAACUGAUCAUGAGAUAAAGGAAAGAGAUGUGGCUUUUGUGAUAAUUCUAUCACAAACACUUUUAUUGUAUCUCUGUAAAAUACAAUGUAUGUAUGCAUGUAAGUGUUUUUGUCCUAAUGUUGCUACUCCCAUGACAAAGGAAAAAAAAUUGGAAAAAAAAAAAAUCAGGCUCAUAGAAGCUACUGUGUAGAAAUUUCCCCCUACUUCUAAUUUGCUGAAUGAAGAAAACAAAUCUUUUAUUUGUGAUAUUUUCAGAGACAUUUGCUCUAGUAUGGUGUAUUUAAAUAAUAAAAACUUAAAAAUAUUAAUGGAGUUUGGGGUUAAACACUGCCUUUUCUCUUCUGUAUUUUGGAAAAUGUUAGUUCUUUUGUUUUUAAGUUUUAGGGGUUGUGGGGACGUAGUGUGUAUAUUUAUUUAGCUCUGGGCCAGUAAGGUAUUCUUCAAAUUACAUAAUCAUACCAUUUUGGCCCUGGUACAAAGCCAUGUUUCUAAUGGAAUCUCCUUUUUUAUAAGUUCAGAAUAUUAAUUCUGUUAACAAAUACUUCAUUACACUUCCAAAUCACAGUGACUGUGUGUGUGUAUAUAUAUAUUUAUUUGCUUCUUCAGUUAUUUCAUGUAUUUUUUCUCUGUAAGAAAGCUUCCUGUAUUGAUGAAAAGCAUGUUAGAGAACAUAACAUAAUCAUCUUGUUCUCUUACAAGUUUAGUUCAGUAUAAAGGUAUAGUUUUUGAAGUAAAUUGCAUUUCUAAACCAUACCUGUACACAUUUUGAAGCUCCAUUGGCUGGUAAGAAUCCUGGAUCUCUUUUACGGUGCUCGUCGCUGGGAGUAGCAGCCAUUUCCCAGUGAGCUGCUGGAGUCGUGUGGUCUGCUGUGUGAUUUGUUCUGCUUUUGUAGUCCUUACUCUGCCUUUCCAUAUGUUUGGGGAGGAUUCGGAUUUCAUUUUAGUAGUAUUCCUGAGCUGUUUAGUUGCUAGUUCUGGGCAGCAGAGUAUCCAAAACGGCAACUGCAAUGCCAGCAGAGGUGCCCUGUGGAAAAAAUGUGCAGUGCAAGAGCUCACUGGGUGGGUCUGACUGUUGCCAGAAUGAAAAACCACACACCAGGGCUGCGUGCUGGGUCUGCGCUGCCAGGCUCCAUCUGGGUGAGCAAAUCACAACUACAACUUUUAUCACAGGCUAAUAAAACCAGGUGUGCUUAUAAUGUUACUUUACAUUGUCUUUAAAAAAAAAAAGGCACUUAAUUUUGUCUUGUUCCAGGAAAACUCUUGAAAUGGACCCAUCUCUUUGAAAGUGGGAAUAGGCUACAUAGAGGGAUUUAGCUCGGUACCUCUCAGCUCACAGUCAGCCUCCCUUUGAGAGUUUCUGUGCUCACUUCCUGCUUUCAGAGAUUACAGGAAAAAUCAGUUGCUCACACUACAAGCUUCCGUAAACCUCCUAUAGGAGCAUUUAAGGGCCAAGAGUUAAAAGUGAAUUGUUUGGAGGAGCUUUAUAAAAAAGGGAAUGAGGGAAAAAAAAAGAUUAACAAAAAUCAUACAAAUUACAUAAUUUUUUUUUCAAGAGUUACAUCCUUGGGGAGUUUCUAGAAACUAGUUCUGUUUCCUAGAAACUGUUCUGUUUCCUAAUGUUUUUCUUUUAAGAUUCUUUUUAAAGGAACUUGGAUUUAUGUGGAUGGUUAAGGGAAACGUGUUAAUACAAUUGCAAGCAUCUCCUAUGUUCUUUUUGGCAUAAGUACGUAUGUCCCAUAUAGUGUAGAAAUUCAAAGGAGAUGGUUAAUAACUUUUGGUAAGUAAUACAGUGUCAUAUUUAGAGAGGUGGAGGGCUAAGGUCAUUAAAGACUUUAAAUGAAGUAGUAUAUUGCUGGUUCCUCAAGCACUGCUGCAUAUUUAAUAACGAAUGAGCUUCUAAAAGCAUUUCUUAAGUUGCAGACCUAUAAGAUUACAAAUGUCACUCAUGUUAGUAUAAUCCACAUUGCAAGCAAUGAAGCCUUCUCUUUGAUGUGCUAAAUUGGAGAAGGACUAAUGGAGCUAUGAGUAUACAAUAGAACAUAUUUAAGUAGUAGUCUUGCUUUAGGUAAAACACUUCCUUGAAACCAGAGGCAUUUUAAACAAUAAACUCUGGCUCUAAUGGGGGUGCUCUAUGUGGAUAGAAAGCUACUAAAAACACUCAGGUUUAUUCUGAUGUGAGCAGGGAUUGUGUGCAGUUCCUUCCCCAACCGCAGCAUUCCUUAGGAAAAAAAAAUACACGAGCUUAUUCGUUGCAUUUGUGAUGCUAUUAGUUUGCGAAAUGAACGCCGUUCUUUUGAAAGGACUUAUUUAAUAUUAACCGUGUCACAGAAAAACAUGGCCCCCAGUCCCUACAGCAAGUGCAAUUAAAAAGAAAAGCAAAUGUUACUGAGCCCUGCUGAACUGCUAAAAAAAAUUAUGUUUAUGAUACAUAUAAAUGUCUCAAUCAUGCAAAUUGUCACUCUUGCUAAUGAAACAAUUUUGUAAAAAGAUUGUCCUCUAAAAGGGUUUAAUGUUUUUACCUAUCCAACUGUCUGCUUAGAUUUACAUAUCCUGCAAGGCUGGGGAGCCUGAAGUCUUUCCAAACCAAAUCGUUUGCCACAAGAAACUAUUCCCAGCUCUUCAUGAUUUAUUAGGAAGUAGUUCAACAUAGACUGUAGCAUCUUAUAAAAUACAAAAUGAGAAACUGUCACACCAAAACGAAGCCUGUGAAUUUGUCAUCCUCUUAAUAUUAACUGUAUUUAAAUUCUUUUGCCCUUAUUAACACUGAUAUUUGAAACAACUAAUCAUCUAAAAUGAAGCUCUUAAAUUAAAUGGCUUUAAAUGUCAAUAUAGUAAGAUUCUAAUGUGUACUACUAUUUAUAUAAAAUAAUUCCUAGGGCCAGUAAAUUAUACAACAAACACAGUGAACCCAAGAACUCUUACCAAGUCUAGCAAAGAGUUUCCAUGUAGCCUAACUAAUUGUGUUUAAAUUUAGAAGAGAACUUUUGGUUUCUAGAAGCCGCCUUCACUGGGGGAAUUGUAUCCUGGGUAUUUGCACACCUAAACUGAUUCAGUUGAAGGGCCCACUGGAAGCACAGACCCUUUGCAAGUUGAUAUUACUUGUGGCUUUGUUACAAAGACUUGCCUAUUGUCAAUCCAGCCAAAUCACAGAAAUGCUUAUUGCAGUUAAAUAGCAAUUUGUUUCCAUGAAACCGCAAUUAAAGUAUUACUGAGCAGCCAUUUUAGAUUGGCAAUGCUCUGAAUGCAUGUUAAACAGCCAGCAACUCACCCUUGCCGAGUCAGAUCUGAGUAGCAGCAAAGGGUAACAUGUUCGCCCACCUCCAGCAUCUAGUUAAAAAAGGCCUGUGGAACCUCAGAAUAGCCUGUGGUCCCACUGUGAACACCCUGAGAGCAGUGACAAGUCAGGGCUGAUUUUUGGAAGGUGAAUUUGCAACUUACCUCAAGUGAAUACUAUUUGCAGUUGUACAAGAAGUGCUUUAUGCUAGUAGAUCUGUGCAUGUUUCCUAGAGGGAAUGUUUUCAAGUUCAGAUUGAUUCUGCUGAGAAUGGACUGCAACUAUGAGGCCUCAAGCCAAUAAUGUACUACAGGUCCUGACAUGUUACAGCUGUGUAAACAGGGCCAUUCUAUCUCCUAAAUCACAACUAAUAAAGCAUAGGACGAAAAUCAAUUGAUUCUGUUAUAAGUUCUUUGAAUGAUGCUGGAAAGUUGUUUAAUGACUCACUAUUAGAAUGACUCUCCGAGUUGAGCCAGCAAAAUAACUAUUUUAAUUAUCUCUUCCCUCAGAAACAGGGCAGGACAGCCUUUCCUGGGUAUUAGCAUCCCACAGAUCAAAAACCUGCUGGGGAAAGGAUCUGAACUGAAUUCUUCCUGUGGAUCUAAAGUUCAGGAUUUGUUGAGUGAGAAAGGUGAAGUGCAAAGGCUUUGUUGAAAAUGCGAAACAUUAAUGUAAGAUCCUGAGAGAGGAAAGGAUUUCAGAGGUGGUGUUUUAAAAUGCAAUUAGCACUGAAUUCUAACCAGCUUGGGAACAAUCAUUAGCUCACAAGAACAGGAGGCGUCUCACUCUCUUUCGGCCUAGAAAGUUCCCCUUACCUUGAAUCAAAAGGUUUACAUCCUCAACUUGUUCAAAAAUAAUUUUCAUGUACGGUGCAUCUGUUCGUAGGCUGUUAUCAGUGUUGCUUAAACUAUCUUUUUUUUUUUUAAGAAAUAAACAUUAAAGAGUUUCUCCUAAAUUAAUCUUUCAUUUUUGUGAAUUGGAUGUUUUUAGGAACGAUAAAGAGGAAAUCGGAGGACAAACCAAAUUUGCAAAUGAAGAUUAAUUAUGAAAACUGGCAAGGAAAUUGAUUACUUGGGCUGCAAUUGUAUAACUUUUUCUUUAUUUAAAAAAGGUCUGUUGGGGUGGCUGUCUUGUAAAUUCUGCAUAUUCUAGGACUUGUGAUUCAAUUUCUAUCACUAAUCACAGGACUUAACACUUUCUAUAAACCAUAUGUCUUUUAAUGUAUAUUUAAUAUAGUAACUUUUUCUUGGUGUUGCAUGGUGCUUUGUAAAUGUAUUUAUACUUUAACACUUACAAUUUAUAACUACUUGCACAUGUUGUCUCAUUCAGGCCUCACAAUAACUCUGUUAAUUGUUAUUAUUAUCUCAGUUUUACAGAGGAGGUCCUUACUCAGUUCAGGGAGGUGAGUUAGCAGGGCCUAGAGUGCGGUUAGUGGGCACAGACUUUGGAUGCAAAAUUUAAGGGGGCACCAAAAAUUUCAAUAAUCAAGAUAAUGUUUUAAUGCAGUUAAAAAAAAAACAAAAUUAUUGCAAAAAAAAAAAAAAAAA